UCGGCUAUCACGUAAGGAAAGUGUCGUCCCAACAAAUUUAUUGCGCUUAUCAUGUCUACAGAUGCUUUCAUCGAAAAACUUAAGGCUCGCUUAGCAGCCGUUGAUCCGAACGCACCGCGCAAGGUGGUCGGUGUAUUCCAACUGAACAUCAAGACCGCAACCGGUGUCGAGCAAUACAUUAUCGAUCUGAAGCAAUUGAAAGCGGAUACGGGAGUUGCUGAUAGCCCGGAUGUCACCCUCACCAUUGCAUUGGAGGAUAUGCAGGCCAUUAUCGGAAAGACUCUGACCGUUAGCGAAGCUCUGAAGAGCGGUAAAUUCGAGGUGUCCGGAAAUCCCGAACUGGCUGCCAAGUUGGGCGAAACGAUCUAAAUUAUUCAAUAAAGAAGUUUGA